AUGCCGCUCUUCUUCCUCCUCGUCAACUUUUCUAAACCAAGGCUAUUCAAUGUGAGUAUCACUGGAACGAACACCCCAGGCCCAAAUUAUUUGCCCAUAUUCGGACGCCGUACGGGCCUCUACAAGCUCUACGGAACAUACCCUGUGGCCUCUGCGGUGUCACGCCGUGCACACCAAUGGGAAGAUAUUAUCAGACAGUAUAACGAUGGAGAGUUGACAACGACAAUUGCUCAACUGGCUGCGAUCUGUGCUCGCAUGAACGAGGAGCACCAGAAAAAGCUUGAAGAGAAGGUUAAGCGCAUGAACCAUAUGAUGGAGCAACCGGCUCCUAUGGAACUAGAUGUUCGUCAGCAGCUUGGGAGAGCUUUCAGACGCGAGAACAUGUCGGUUAACCACCGUGCUAGCGUGGUCAUGGGAUGGAAUGUCGGCACGCUCAUGUCUCCCCAGUUUGAGACCGAUUGGAUGCUUACUACACCUAUAGUCUCAUCUAGUAUGUAA